CUAGUACUACUUCUGAAUCUGAAUCUCUGGAAAAACCUUUCCACUUUUUCAAUUUCUUCAUCUUUUUUAAAGAAAGGUCGCUCGUGCGGGUUUUCCCUUCAAAUAAGGAAGGGGUUGUGACUUGAGACCGUAAUUUAACACCACCAAUCAACAACGACAGCAAAGAACCAAAGAAGAAGACGAAGAAAGUAAGAGCUUCAAAAUCAUUGAGCCUCUCUACUUUGCAGUUACAUUGAAUGCGUAGGAGUGAGUCAUGGGCGAGUCAAGUGACUCACUCUCCAUUGACAUUGAUUUGAUACCUUUAGGUGGAAAGGAAUUCACGGUGAAAACAAGUAAAGGUUCAGUCUCUGUGCUUGUUUGUGGGGAUCAAGAAAAGCCAGCUUUAAUAACCUACCCAGAUGUGGCUCUUAAUUAUGUAUCUUGUUUCCAGGGUCUGUUGUUCUGCCCAGAAGCUGCUUCUUUGUUGCUUCAUAACUUCUGCAUUUAUCACAUUGAUGCUCCUGGCCAUGAGUUGGGAGCUGAUGUGAUUUCGUCGGACGAGCCAUUGCUCUGUGUGGAUGACAUUGCAGACCAAGUUGCAGAAGUUCUUGAUUUCUUUGGGCUGAAAGAGGUUCUGUGCUUGGGUGUAACUGCUGGUGCUUACAUCCUGACACUAUUUGCAAUGAAAUACAAGGAGCGCGUGCUUGGAUUGAUUCUUGUUACACCUAUCUGUAGAGCGCCUUCAUGGGCCGAAUGGCUCUACAACAAGGUCUUAAUGAAUUUAUUAUACUUCUACGGCAUGUGCAGCUUACUUAAGGAAUGCCUUCUGCAGCGUUACUUCAGCAAGGAACUUAGGGGCAGUGUCCAGGGAGCAGAAUCAGACAUAAUCCUAACUUGCCGACGGCUUCUGGAUGAAAGGCAAAGCUUGAAUGUUAUGCGUUUUCUUCAAGCAAUUAAUGUAAGGCAGGAUCUCACUGAGGGUCUGAAGAACUUGCAAUGUAAGACACUCAUAUUUGCAGGUGAAAGUAGUCCCUUCCAUGCUGAAUCUGUCUACAUGAGCACAAAAAUUGACCGGAAAAUCUGUGCAUUUGUUGAGGUUCAAGCUUGUGGCUCACUAGUAACAGAAGAGCAUCCAAAUUCCAUGAUAUUUCCACUUGAGUGUUUCUUGAUGGGUUUUGGCUACCAAAGACAACAAUAUUUUGCUUCAUCAUCAAGCAACGGCUCGAAUCCAGCCAGCCCCUCUGGCAAUCAUUCACGCAUAGCACCAGAACUCCUCUCUCCGGCAAGUUUAGGAAUUAAGCUCAAGCCUAUCCGAACUAGGGUUGAUGUUGAAAUCUGA